GGCGUCAACACAGCAGCCCUGGCGUGGCUAGUGGAACCAAAGAGGGUCGUGGUGACGGGUGGCUGCGCAUGCGCACUGUGUUCGCGUGAGGUUUGGGGUUCGGGUAGCGGUCGCUGCGCUGUGUGCGAGUCCCUGGGCUGAGGCGGGGCUCCCGGCCCGGGGCCAUGGCGGCGAACGAGGACCAGGAGAUGGAGCUAGAAGCAUUACGUUCUAUUUAUGAAGGAGAUGAGUGUUUCAAAGAACUUAGUCCUGUUUCCUUUCAGUAUAGGAUAGGUGAAAAUGGCGAUCCCAAAGCCUUCCUAAUAGAAAUUUCAUGGCCAGAAACAUACCCGCAGACAGCUCCAAACAUAUCCAUGAAUGCUUUCUUCAACAACACCAUAUCUUUAGCUAUAAAACAAAGUAUAUUGGAUAAAUUAAUGGAAGAAGUUGAAGUUAAUCUUGGAACUGCCAUGACAUACACACUUUUUGAAUAUGCCAAAGAUAAUAAAGAAUUGUUCAUGGAAAAUCAACCUGUUCAUAUUGUGACAUCUGUAGGCAAUAACAUCUCAAUUGGAACUCAUGAAAUAGUCCCAUCAAGUAAGAAGAGAGACAAAAAGGAGCAGUUGUCCAAAACCCAGAAACGAAAGCUAGCAGACAAAACAGAUCACAAAGGGGAGCUUCCUCGAGGAUGGAACUGGGUGGAUGUAAUUAAGCAUUUAAGCAAAACGGGUUCUAAAGAUGAUGAAUAAUGGACUUUCAUACAAGGAAACUUCACCUUUUAAUACAGUGCAAUUGGGUCAACAUCUUUCUCUUAAUAGCUUUUUCCUCUUGUCAGAGUGGAACGUUUUAUAAAAGGACAAUUUCCUAACUAUUAAACCUGAGCACAGACAUUUAUCCAGAGAUUAUUCUGGUAUGACAUUUUUCUUCACAAACAAAAAUUUGCCUUAAAGGGAAGAUAAGUGACAUUUUUAUAUUGAACUUUUAGAAAGCCUAUUUGGUUUCUAACUGUCAAAUGCUGAAAAGAAUAGUGAAAUAUGCAGUGUUAAUUUAUAUUGUUUUACUCUGUAGUAAGAAUAUAGUAAAAUUGUUAGUGAAUCCUCUGAUAUUGUGACCAUUUCCUGAAGUUCUCAUUCCAAUGGAAUAAAAAUAUUAAAAGUGAUUGAUCACUUGACAGCAUAGUUCAUUUAAAAUAAACUCCCUUUAAACAAAGCUUUCUUGAUUUGUUCCUCUACAAAUGCAGAAAGAGAACACAACACAAUUAUAAUCGAAUGAUUUAUCUAGGUCUAGGCUAGGUCUGCAUUGCACACCUUACAACAGCGCAAUGUAGCUGCUCUUUGUUGCCAGGGGAGAGCUCUGUCUACACUACUGACCUUACAGUGGGAUACCUGUACCACUGCUGCUAUAAGGUCUCCAGUGUAGCCACUCUAUGACGAUGGGAGAGAGCUCUCCUGCUGGCAUAAUUAAACCACCCCCAAUGAGCAGUGGUAGCUAUGUUGGCAGGAGAGUCUCCCACAGACAUAGCGCUGUCCACACCGGCACUUUUGUUGAUGAAACUUAUGCUGGUCAGGGGUUUGUUUGUUUUUCCACACCCCUGACCAACAAAAGUUUUACCAGCAGAAGUGCUAGCGUAGACAAAGCCUGAAGCUUUUGGUCCUGUUUUAACUCGAGUUAAACAGCCUGCUUGUGUGCUUGUGGUGGUGAUGAUGCAGCUGAGUUUCUAUAGGCUUGCCAGUAACACUAUUGCCUGAAAUCAGAGUAAGUUUCUUGCUCUGUGAUUUUGACUAACUAGCUCAAAGUUUCAGCUAGAUAAGGGUAGAGAAAAUAGCAACAUGUGACACUUGUAAAUGCUAGUGCACAAAGGACCACACACCCUAGUCUAGACAAAUUCAGAGUGAAAGAACAAGUGGUUACAAUACCAGUAUGUAUUGUCAAUUCAGCCCAGUGUGCAUCUGUUGUAGUCCUCCUCACAUAUACUUUUAGAGGAGGUCAGGGUGUUUGCGUGGAGCUGUCCUACUGAUAGUGAAUUUCUGAAUGUUAUGAUUUGGUGGCUUUUUCCAUUGGAUAAUCAGUGGUUUACCAUGAGGAUUUUAUUGUAUGAAUUACAGGACAGUGGAAAAAAAAAUAACCACUCUCCCAUGCUGGAAAACAUUUUUUGUACAGGUUUGUCGUCUUGUAUCAAAAACAAUCCUCUUUACUGUAUAAACGGUAACUGAAUACUAAAUGCCUUAAUGUCAUUUAAUAUUUGAGAUUUUGAUCUUAAUAAAUGCCUAUUUAUCUGC